AUGCCACGAAAAUCGAAGAAUAUCUACAUGCAGUACACAACAGAGGCGUUAGAUUCAGCGGUUUCGGCAGUGCGCAGUGGGCACCUUAGUCUUCGCAAGGCCUCAAAGAAGUAUGCUGUGCCAAAAACUACAUUGAUCGACCACGUUUCUGGACGGAUCGAGUCUGGGGCGAGGCCAGGGAGGAAACCAUACUUGACUCCAAAAGUAGAAGAAGCACUAGUUUCGAAAGUCAUCAGUGCAGCUGACAAGGGCUUCGGAAUGUCCAAGUCCCAACUGAUAUUAUGUCAAUCUGCUCAGAUUCCGCUACAGAAAAAUGUUCCAGUGGACGAUUGGUGGAGAGGGUUGAAACGCAGGCACCCUGAGCUAGUUCUCCGUAAACCGGAGAGGCUAUCAACAUCUCGUAUUAGAAUGUUGAACAAGCCUGUCAUUGACAGCUUCUUUGUUGAUCUUAAUAAAGUUGUCACUGAACUGAACCUCCAAAAGAAACCCCAUCUCAUUUGGAAUGCCGACGAGACAGGCAAACAAUUUGAACAUUCACCAAGCAAUGUCUGCACCAAGAAAGGAACAAGGGCUCUGCAAAGUAGGACCAACAAUUCUAGGGAAAAUGUAACCAUUCUUGCCUGCAUCAAUGCCACCGGAAAUGCCAUGCCCCCACUAUGUGUUGCCAAAGGGAAAACACGAAAAUGUUUACAAUCUUUCAAUACAGUAGAUGCCCCAGAUGGUACCUUAUGGACUUACCAAAACAAGGCGUGGAUGUGCGAUAUUCUCGGGGACGAAUGGUUUAACAACGUUUUCCUAAAGCACUGUGGUCCAGAACGACCUCAGUUGUUAAUAAUGGAUUCGCAUAGCUCACACGAAGUUCUUUCUCUGUUGGAAAAAGCAAAACAGGAAAAUAUCCACAUUCUGGCGUUGCCUCCCCACUGUACACAUGCACUACAACCACUGGAUAAAACGGUUUUUGGACCUUUUAACAAAGCUUAUAAUCGGCUUUGUUCAGAAUUCCUCGCUGCAAAUCCAAACCAUGUGGUAAAUAAGGCAUCGUGGCCUCGCCUGUUCAAUGGGGCAUGGACAGCAGCAAUGACGAGCGCUAAUAUAACGAAGGGCUUCAAAGUGUGUGGCUUGUAUCCAGUGGAUCGUUCCCAAAUUCCUGAUUCAGCUUUCCUCCCAUCAUCAGUCUAUGAUACACCAUUAAGCGAUCACACUCAACCCAAAGACGGAAGUUCUUCCGGGACAUCUCUUAAUGCUUCUUUCGUUGAAAGUACAGCCACAACAUCUCCCCGCCUGGUAUCCCAAACAAUUCCUGACUCAGCUAUAGCAUCACAAACAGCUAUAUCUCCGAUUUCGCCCGAGUCUCCGUCACAUGUACCUGAAACAAAUCCUAUCUCUGUUUCUACGAUUUCGCCCGAGUCUCAGUCACAUGUACAUGAAACAAAUCCUAUCUCUGUUUCGUCAGCGGCAGCUUCCCCUGGUGCCUAUGAAGGAGUCAAUAUUCCCAACGAAGAUAUAGAACCUUUGUUACAAGCACUUGCCACUGGAGCAGUGUCUGUACACGAAACAGAAGAAAAGGAAAAUUUGAGUCUGGAAUAUACAGUUUACGAUGAUAUUGAAAACAUGUUUAGAUUACCAACGCCGGUGAAGAAAACUACCGCAAAAAAGACCGUAACAAGUCAUCGUUUACUGACCAGUAACGAGGUUAUACAAGAAAAACAGAGAGCAAAAGAGUUGAAAGAAGAAAAAAUGAAAGCAAAGGAAGAACGACAACAAAAAAGAAACAUCAAUAAAGCAGCAAAAGAAGACAAAAUGAACAAGAAACGCCGUGUUAAGAAGGAAAAUGUGUUAGACAAAAUUUGCUUCAUUUGCCUGGGGGAAUAUACCAUAGGCUGCAAAGAGCUAGACUGGGCAAAGUGUGGAUCAUGUAAGAAGUGGAUGCAUUUGGAAUGCAUUCCCACUUCACAUGAAGUAAAUGUACCAUUCCAGUGUCAUCUUUGUGGUUAA